GCACAGAAGAAGCGAGGGGGCAAGUAGUCACGUUAGUCGUGGUUAGUAGUAGGUAGUUGGUAGUAAUUGCUGAACAGGAGACAGUGUGCCUCCACUUUAGUCCAAAAAAAUGAACGGCUUAGACGAAGAACAAAUGGCACCGCAGAACUUCCUUUAUGGGUGCGUACUGGAAUCUGGAAAAGAUGUUGUAUUCAAUCCUGAAGAUGAUGACUUUGAACAUCAGCUGGAUCUAAGGAUGGCUUGUGUGGACCCCAGUACCAAAGAUGAACUUCACACGGUCGAGGUGGAAGGACAGGACCUCGAGGGUCAGAAAGUUAAAGCUGUACUGGUUUCACUUAAGCCCUCUACCCUGCCGAGUGUGUGUCUUGGUGGUUUCAACAUCACUCCUCCAGCUGUGUUCCGCCUAAAGGCCGGCUCUGGACCGAUUCACAUCAGUGGACAGCACCUUGUCAUGAUGGAAGCUGAUCAGUCUUUUGAUGAAGAAGAUGAUGAAGAUGAAGAAGAAGAGGAAGAAACACUCAAGACUUCAAAGAAAAGACCUGCUUCCUCUCCUGCUGUCAAGUCCCAGAAAAAAAUGAAGAUGGACAUGGAAGAUGAUGAUGAGGAUGAUGAUGAUGAUGAUGAGGAUGAUGAAGAGGAGGAUGAUGACGAUGAUGAGGAAGAGAGUGAGGCAGAGGAAUCGCCUGUUAAGGCGAAGGUGACGCCGCCCGAGGCACAAACACCCGCUCAAAAUGGCAAGAGCUCGAAACCUGGCACACCAGGUGCAAAGCAGGCCAAAACCCCCAACAAGAAGGGUGAGAAGUCACCCAAAACCCCACCAACUCCCAAGGCACCUUUAACCAUUCCUGAGAUUAAAGCCAAGAUGAUGGAGUCGAUGAAAAAGGGCAUAACAUUGCCUAAAGUCCAGCCCAAGUUUGAGAACUUUGCAAAACACGGCUACAAAGUCUCAGACCCCAAGGUUAUUAUGGAGCUGUGGAAGUGGAGACAGACGGUGAAAGAUGCUAAAUAACAGCCUCAGUAUUCUUUUUUUAAAGUUCCCUGUUUACCCCCAUCCCUCCUUGUAAACCUUCUGGAGUCUAACUUGGUGCCUAACACUUUUCCAUAAAUUCAUCAAAGCGUGUAGUUGUGCUCCAACUGUCCUGCUGUAUCAAGAGACUGGAGAGGAAGUGAUGUGUGUAUGAGGACAGCGCACGGUGGCUUUACCCUGUCUGCACCACCAUCACACUCUCAGGGUGGAUGUAUGGCGUGGAUAAUAUUACAUGUUUGAUGGAUAUGGACAGACCUGGGAGAACCAACCUGCAAAUUUACAUUUUUGUAAAUGUGUAAAGAAAAUCUUUCCUAGAUUGUUGAUGGCACCUGAGAAAAUAUGGAGGUUAUCUUCCCUUGUUCUUAUAUUUUGAUUAAAAGUUGAUUUGGCCUCAUGCAGGAACCAUGUGCAUGUACAGAUUGUAUCAUUAGAAGAUCCUAAGUAAGCAUGCAUUCAUACCCCAAACAGUUAAAAAAAAAAAAAACUGUUAUUUGUAUGUCUGUUUUCAACAGCCAGUUGAAAAGCAGAUGCUGACCAUGGUCACAUUUGUCAGUCUGGAAAAACUGGGCAAUUGUUGCAUUUUUGAGUGACAUCACCCACUAUAACCCAACAUAACCAUGUGUACCCUUGCUUUACUUUGCUGCCACACCAAUUUGACAAUUAGACAGUAGCUCUGCCAUGUGAUUACAAAGUAGGUUGCUUGUCAAUGUUCUCAUUGAACCAGUUGUUUGCAGGCACAAAAUGUUGGCACCAUUUGUGGACACACAAACAAUGAUAUGCUUUUACUAUUCUGAACACACAUGCUUUUUGAAUCUUAAUGAAACUACACCAGACUCCCGAAAUGAAGAUACAUUUUGGAGAAAAAUAGUUAUUGCUUCUGCCUGUAGCACUACACUGUCCACCACUGUUUGUACCAAAUCCAGUGUAUCAGUAAAUUCAGUAUUUUCCUGUUUUGCAUGCAUUUUGCCGUCCAAAAGCUUCAAUCAGUAUAAAGCAACAACCUGUACUUUUCAUCUUAAGUAAAGGAGCCAUUUUUAGACAUGACCUUGCAGGUGUGAUGGAUUCAGCAGUAAUGUUACGAAAACAUAUUUCCAAGUUUAACAGUUCUUGUCUGUGUGCAACAGUUUAGAUUGAUCAAGAUGUUCAUGCAUGAGGCCUGUUGUUAGAGAAGGCCAUUCCAUGUUCUCAAGAAGCUGUCCAUUUAAAUAUGUUGGGUUGCUUGACAGACUGAAUACUUUGGAUCAGUUCUGAUCAUUUUAUUACUUAUUAGUUUGAAACUGCUAAUUGAAACGAUGUUAAAUGCAACUUUUUUUUUUUUUUUUAAGAUAUAUAUGUGCAACUGUCCACUUAAUAUUACAAUAAAGGUUCUUCUAGGAUGUAAAAUUC